AUGCCUCCCCGCCGGCCGCAUAAGAAGUCGCGCAACGGCUGCGACCAGUGCAAGCGCCGCCGCGUCAAGUGCGACGAGGACGGCCCGCCCUGUGCGCAGUGCCGCCGCCGCGAGAUCGCCUGUGCCUUCUCGCGCCCCGCCAGCACCGCCGUCUCCAGCCCGUCCGUGCCACCCUCGCAGCCGCAUGAGAAUGAACAACAACAACAGCAGCAUGAGCCGCAGCGUGAACCGCACGAGCUUGUGCCGCGUGAGCUGGACCUGGAGGUGGAACGCCCGCUCGCGCGGCAGGCGGCGCUGCGCGACCUCGAGCUGAUGCACCACUUCGCCACGGACACGUACCGCAGCCUGUGCAUCGAGGACUCGGAGCAGCACGCGUGGCAGAUCGUGCUGCCGCGCAAGGCGCUGGGCUACGACUUCCUCAUGGACGGCAUGCUCGCCCUGGCCGCCCUGCACCGCGCCAGCGCCCUGCCCGCGCCCGCCGCGCUCUCGUACGUCGACACCGCGCUCCAGUACUACAACCGCGCCCUGGCGCCCUUCCGCCGCGCCCUCGACACCAUCACGCCCGUCAACUGCGAGCCGCUGCUGGCCCACUCCGUCAUCACCACGGCGCUGGGGCUCGCGCUGCCGCACACGCCCGGCGGCGACGACGCCAGCCGCGACCCGCGCUCGCCCACCGAGCACAUCGUGUUCGUGUUCGAGCUGCUGCAGGGCGUCGGCAACAUCUUCAUCAUCGCGCGCGCGUGGCUGGGCCAGCACGAGGGCUCGCUGUUCGCGUCCAAGUCGGACUUCUGGGCGCGCGCGGCCGCCGCGCACACCGACGACGACACCGAGCGUGCGCUGCGCCGGCUGGCGGCGCUCAACGACGCCGCGCUGGACACGGCGCAGCCGCGCGCCCACCGCGCCAACCAGGACGCCAUCGCGCUGCUGCUGCGCUGCUGCCGCCGCUUCGUGCUCGUGGCCUCCAUCGACGCCGUGCUGGCCUGGCUGGCGCUCGUCGACAAGGGCUUCGUCGCCGCCGUGCAGCGCCGCCAGCCCCUGCCCGUGCUCAUCCUCAUGCACUGGGCCGUGCUGCUGCACCAGCUCGACGGCCAGCGCUGGUGGGCCCGCAACGCCGGCCGCGCCCUCAUCGUCGAGCUCGCCGCCGCCGUGCAGCCCACCAGCCGCCCGCUCGAGGAGGCCCUGGCCUGGCCGCAGCGGCGCAUCGGCCUGUAG